UGACGGACACCGAGAGGCAGUAGCUCUCCCUCUGCAAAGCGAAUCUCUGCGCCCUUGGAAUAUUCUCACAGAGGCACUGUUACACAGUAAAAAUAUUUUCUCAGUUUGCAGUCGUAAUCCACGGGACGAGUUUGCCCACUGCAGGGGCUGCUGCGGCUUUUGCGUCUGUUCUGUUUUGAAUUCAUAUCUCCUUGACGGGCGGGCGUGUGAGGAUCCCGGACGAGCCCGAAUUUGCAAUGCCCGAGCAGUGAGGGCACGGUGGGAUUUCAUUUGGUCACCCUGCAUAGUAGCAUGGCUCCAGCCCGGAGGGACUGCAGCGGCUGGGAGAUGUUCCUCCCGACGGGAUGCCUGCUCCUCUCUGUUUUGCUAUUUCACCCUGCUCUAACCAAGGUGUGCAACGACCGCACCAAACACGGACAGGACAACAGCUGGUUCACCAGGGACGGGGAAAACUUGCCCAUAAUGGUUCUUAUGCCCAUGAACGAGUCGGCCCUGAUGAGCAGCAUCAGCCAAGGAAUCGAGCCGGCGGUUCAGCUGGCCAUCCAACACAUAAGGGAGUCCGGGAAGUACUCGUUCUCACUCAUCACCAAAAUAUACGACACCGAGUGUGACAAUGCCAAGGGGCUGAGGGCCUUCUUUGAUGCCAUUUGUUACGGGCCCAAACACCUGAUGAUCUUCGGCGGCGUCUGCCCCUCUGUAACAUCCAUCAUUGCAGAAUCCUUGGAAGGCUGGAAUCUGGUGCAGCUAUCCUUUGCAGCGACAACCCCUGUUCUAGCAGACAAGAAAAAAUACCCCAACUUCUUCCGCACCGUUCCGUCAGACAAUGCCGUGAACCCAGCGGUGGUGAAGUUUCUCAACUACUACAACUGGAGCCGUGUGGGGACCCUCACACAGGACGUUCAGAGGUUCUCAGAGGUGAGGAACGAUCUCACAAAUGAGCUGGAGAAAGCAAACAUUGAGAUUGCAGACACAGAGAGUUUCUCCAAUGAUCCCUGUGGCAACGUCAAAAAGCUGAAGGACAAUGAUGUGAGGAUCAUCAUUGGCCAGUUUGAUGAGAACCUGGCCUCCAGAGUCUUCUGCUGUGCGUAUAACCUGAACAUGUUUGGGAGUAAAUAUCAGUGGAUUAUCCCUGGCUGGUAUCAGGGCAACUGGUGGGAACAGGCCAACAACACCAACUGCACCACCAAGAAGCUUCUCACUGCCAUGGAGGGAUACAUUAGCGUGGACUUUGAGCCGCUCAGCGCUCGGCAAAUCAAGGGGAUCUCUGGCAGGACCCCUAAGGAGUACGAGAGGGAGUAUAGCAGAGAACUUCAGCAGAAAGGUGUGGAGGCAAGCAAGUUUCAUGGUUUCGCUUACGAUGGGAUCUGGGUCAUUGCCAAAACCUUGACGAGAGUGAUGGAACUGCUGCGGAUAAAACAACGGCAAAACAUGUACCACAACUUCACCGUGGACGACCGCGAAGUAGGAAAAAUGGUGCUGGACGUCAUGAAUGAAACCAACUUCUAUGGUGUUACGGGCCAAGUCAUGUUUCGUAAUGGAGAGAGAAUGGGCACAAUAAAAUUCAACCAGUUUCAAGAGGGACAGGAAGCGAAAGUCGGUGAAUACAAUGCAAUUGCUGAUGUGCUGGACCUCAUCAACAACUCCAUCAGGUUCCAAGGUGUAGAGCCACCGAAGGAUCGGACGUUUGUGCGUCUGCAGAGGCGCCACAUCAACGUGCCACUCUACAGCAUCCUGUCCACCAUCACCAUACUGGGAAUGCUUAUGGCCGGGGCCUUCCUGUUCUUCAACAUCAAGAAUCGGAAUCACAGAUUAAUCAAGAUGUCCAGUCCCUACAUGAACAACCUGAUCAUCCUGGGAGGCAUGCUGUCCUAUGCAUCUAUCUUCUUGUUUGGUCUGGACGGAGGUUUUGUUUCUGACAAAGAGUUUGAGACCCUCUGCACCGUUCGGACGUGGAUCCUCAUUGUUGGAUACACAACAGCUUUCGGAGCCAUGUUUGCCAAGACCUGGAGGGUACACGCCAUCUUCAAAAAUGUGAAGAUGAAGAAGAAGAUCAUAAAGGACCAGAAGCUGUUGAUUAUCGUUGGCGGGAUGCUGCUAAUCGACUUGUGCAUCCUCAUCUGCUGGCAGAUUGUGGACCCACUUAGGAGGACUGUGGAGGAAUACAGCCUGGAGGCCGACCCCCAAGGCCGAGACAUUGCCAUCCGACCCUUCUUGGAGCACUGUGAGAACACCCACAUGACCAUUUGGCUGGGCAUCGUCUAUGCCUACAAGGGGCUACUAAUGCUGUUUGGGUGCUUUCUGGCAUGGGAGACCAGGAACGUGAGCAUUCCCGCUCUGAACGAUAGCAAAUAUAUCGGAAUGAGCGUGUACAACGUCGGCAUCAUGUGCAUCAUUGGCGCCGCGGUGUCUUUUCUGACCAGGGACCAGCCCAAUGUCCAGUUCUGCAUUGUAGCGCUGGUGAUCAUCUUUUGUAGCACCAUCACGCUCUGUCUAGUCUUCGUUCCCAAGCUAAUUACGAUGAGAACAAACCCAGACGCAGCCACCCAGAACCGCAGAUUAAAGUUCACCCAGAAUCAGAAGAAAGAAGACUCCAAGACCUCCACCUCCGUCACCAGCGUCAACCAAGCCAACACUUCUCGACUGGACGGUCUCCAGACUGAUAACCACCGCCUCCGUAUGAGGAUAACAGAGUUGGACAAAGAGCUGGAGGAAGUGACCAUGCAGCUGCAGGACACGCCGGAGAAAACGCCCUACAUUAAACAGAACCAUUAUUCGGAUGCCAAUAACAUUCUCAGCAUACGCAACUUUACAGAUGGCAAAGAUGGAGAGAAGUCGAUACUGAAGAACCACCUAGAGCAGAAACCACAGGCGCAGUGGGGCUCCAUGGAUCCUUCCAGAAUAAACAGAGGUCCUCUCGAGGAUAUCAACUCACCAGAACACAUACAGCGUCGACUGUCUUUGCAGCUGCCCAUCCUCCAUCAUGCCUACUUACCUUCCAUAGGAGGGGUAGAUGCUAGCUGCACCAGCCCUAAUGGCAGCCCUGGUUCAAGCCCAAGGCACAGACACAUGCCCCCUUCCUACCGGGUAAUGGUCUCUGGCCUGUGAGCUUCAUUCACUCCCCCACCUGGCUCUUUGCAGAGGAGACAUAUGUGAUUCUUUUUUUCUACAGCAAAUAGACUGAUAUCAUCAGCGUAUGUGCGUAUUUUGUCUCGGAUCAAGGAGGACAGGGAGAGAAGGGGGGGGAGGGGGGUUCACUCUUCAUACCUCUUCACCUUGGUCUUCUUGUAAACUGAUAUCCUCAGUCAGGAUGGGGUAUGAGGAGACAGAGUGAGCACUGAAUGACCCUUAAAAACUCCUUUAAUUAACAUCCCCUUGUCCAUUUGCCCCUCCCCCCUGCCUAGGCAUAUACACAUAUGCACAGUCAAACACAGAUAGGCUAUAUACAAAUACACACACAUGCACAAAUAUAGCGACACCCCAAUAGCUGUGGUGGACCAACCCUAAUGAUGUGUAGCCUUAUCUGCUUCAGAGGGGAUUAUCUGUUUCUGUUCCUAAUCUGUUGUACGUAUGUGCUCGCAGCAACACGUGAGUUUGUCAUCUAACUUGAGUAUUUCACUGCUUCAGUGACUGGAUAAUGGUUUGGAGAUGUGGAAUCUGCAAAAUCCGACAAAAGGAAAUCAUCAAAUUUACUGCUCGUCCCUUUCCCAAUCUUGUCCAGACAUGUAAAUAUCAUCAUUUUUAACAUUGAUGUACUGUAAGCUUUGUAUAUGCUGUGAAUGGACAAUUAAGUUGGUUCUAAGCGUGAGGCUUAUAACAGAGGCAGGUAGGCAUGACAAUUUCAGAUGAAAAGCUUAUAAAACAUGGCAUCCUACAAAUUAGACAUAUGUAUGAGAGAUAUAGAUUUUUGUGUAACUGUUAAUCAAUUAGCUUGUGGGCAGCAAAGUAAGAAACAUCAAAGUCUGAGUCACCAAAUAUCAAAAUGCACCAGUGCCCAUUUUUUGAAAUUUAAGCAACUUGGUUCUUUUUUUAUUUAUAUUUUGUUUUUUUCACUUUGCUUAUCUGUACCGCUGUUUUUUGUUUUUAUCAGAGAUUUCACAUCAGACUUUGCAUAAGCCUUCAUAUUUUACAGUCUGCUCAAUAUGUCUUCAGAAAGCAUGUUAUACAGAAUAUCAGUGCUAUGCCUUUUAAAAAAGUCUGAAAGGCUGCGUAUGUUAGAAAAUAGAACGCCAUGAGAGUGUUCCACAGAUGUCUUUUAUGUGUGUUAAUACGCCAAGAAGUGCACACACAAAGACACGCUCAUAUGAGAGCGCCUCAUGAGAUCAGGUGCUUUUCAGACAUUGCUUUAGUGACGGGCCUGGUCUUAUUGAUCCCCACAGAUUGGUCUCCGUAGACUGUUAAGAUGUCCAUCCGAUCUAGCCCUUACAGCUAACCGGCACAGUUUAGGGCGAUGGGGGAGUCAAUGGCACAAAAAAAGGCACAAGACUCUGAAAUGAAUAAAAAGCUGCUUUGUCAGAAGAGAUCAAACUCGAGAAGUGAUGGUGGAAAGGAUGUAGGUCUUCCGGUUCCACAGCUAGUCUGGAUUAAGCGGGUUGACCUGAAUUUCCAUGAGUGGUGGUAAAGACAGUAAACACAAGGGAGUCUGAAGUAAUAAGCCCCUACCGACUGUAGCUUACAGUUCCAAAACGGUGAUGCCACCACUGCUGGACACGGUGAUACAGCACAGACACAGGGCUUUCUUCACAGAUAAUAUCGAGUGUCAUGAAAACCCACUUCACGCUUAGCAACAGUGAACAUACCUCAGUUGCUAUGGAAAUGUAACGUUCAGUGCCGCUGAACCGCAUUGAGCACAACGGUCAUCGACAGUUUUUUGUAAAACUUUCCUCAUGCAGGAGAAAAGCAAGCAAUGACUCCGGACAAACAAAGGACUUUUUUAUCGAGCGUGAGAAGGUUUGUUCUCAGCAUAUUGUUUCACCAUUGGUGUCUUGGUUUUUAGUUUUUAAGGCGUUUGUUGAGCGCUGUGCCUGUUGUCUUAUAUUGUAGCCUGCAGGACCCACAGUACAUACACAGUGUGGUAAAUGCGCUGACCCACAACAUUGGCCGCACAUCUGUAAAGUGUACAACGUGUCAUAGAUUAAUUUCAAUUCCAUGCCUCGGUGAACGGGACAGUUUGGGAGUACUUGGCAAAUACUCCACUUCAGCUGGAGUGGAUCUCUCCUGCGACCGAGUUGGAGCAAGAGACAAGCAAGCAGGGAUCCGCCUGCUAUGGGGACAUAUCACGGUGACUCCCCCCUGUGAGAGCUCCUCCCCUUCCAGCCCCUGCUUAGUACAGGAGCGGGGAAAACCCUGAGCACAGAUACCCAAGGAGUCACAGCUUCUCCUGCACCUUUGCCAACCAGAGAAUCACGAUCACUUGACAAGUGAGUGAAAGACAUUGUCAGAGGGUUGGUUCUUCCUUCAGGAGAUAAAACAAACCAACCGCACAUUUUAUAUAUUACAUUAAAUGUGAUUGUGUACAAUUUGCUGAUACCCUGAUGAUGGUGUCCAUGUAUGGAAUAUUUGGUAUUUGGCUUUCUCAAGACGGCAUGAAAUAAAAUGUAUAAUUCACAGAGUUACCUCUGUUUUUGCAACUGUUGUAACAAAUCCACUCUGUAGUUUCAUCCUCUCACCUGCGAUUUGGUUUUACGUGUAUUUGCUCAUGGAUUUAGGUUCUCUUAACCUGUUUGAUCAGCUCACACACGUCAAUGCCAAGAUUCUCAGUGGGUAAACUCGACAUCAUCAUAUCGAAUAUGCUACUGGUUUAGCAACAAUUCACUGAGGGCAAUAAAGUGAAAGUAGUAGCAAACGAUCGAUCCUAAUAAACCACUCCUGGCAUUUACCAAAUUAUCAAAUUACUUUUUUUUUUAGUCCAUUCAAAAAUACCAAAUGCAGAUCAUCAGUUGUUGUUAUAUAUUUUGUAAGGUGCCCUGAUUUUUAUUCUUUUAUGAACCAUUUCAAUUCUUUUGAACAUGAAUGAAAAACUGUUCAGCAGAUGCAAUCGUGGAAGGUCAAGGGCUCAUAAAUUCCUGUAAUGAAUAACGUCAUGCUGAUGGUUUGUAUUUGCCACAGGUCUUUUAAGUUUGAAGAUCAAAGUGACAUGUACGUAUAUAUAUUAUAUCGUUGUAUGUGUCAUCAUCAGGGUUUCUGGAGAACACAAAACAUACAUGUCCAAAAAUAUAGUAAUAUGACAAAUAUAUUAAGUGGAACAACACAGAGGUCCAUACUGUUACUGUUUUGUCGGUUUGAUAUGUGGUAUCACAUGGCAUUAAGUUCAAUUAAGAGUUUAAAAUGAUAAACAAAACCUAUGUUAAAUGCAACAUGUUCAAGAGGGGCAAUAAAUUGUUUUCUUAUUACAGAAAGAAUAGAGAACUAUAUAUAUGUAUAUGUAAAGAUCUUUACGUACAUUUUCAUUUUUACAUAGGAAAAUGUUUCACAAAAUGCCACAAGGAUACUUGGAAGUCAUUUUUUUAAUUUACAGUAUCUGUAACUAUGUUAUGUACAGAUGAGGUCUAGAUAUGAAGAAGUUGUAUAAAAUAAGUAUCACACUUGGAACACCUGAACAUUUUUGGAGCCAUUAGUUGUUAUGGGGGGGACUUUGGAGAAAAAAAACAUUCUUCUUUUGUUGUCUGAAUGUUAUGGACAGCCUUUACUUUUCACAUCAUCAUUAAAUAAAGUGAGACCGAAAAUCA